AUUUGAUAUACUUAUGUGUUGUAAAGUGAUCUAACACUUCUAUCACAUCACAUAAUUAUCAUUUCUUAUCUGUGGUGAGAACACAAAAGACUUAGUGUCUUAGUAACUUUCAAGUAGUACUGUUACCUAUAAGUACUAUGGUGUAUGUUAGAUCCCCAGAAUCUAUUCAUCUUAUAACUGAAAGUUUAUACUUUUGCCAACAUUUCCCCAUUCCCCAAUCUGCAACCCAUGGUAACCAUCAUUCUACUCUGUUUCUAGCAGUUCAGAAUUUUUAGAUUCCAUGGAGGCGAUAUUAUACAAUAUUUGUCUUUUUAUGUCUGACAUUUUUACUUAUCACAGUGCCUCAAGUUUUAUUCAAGUUGUCAAAAAUGGCAAGAUUUCCUUCCUUCUUAGGGUUGAAUAAUCUAUCUAUUGAUCUAUUGAUCUAUCUCUAUAUCUAUACUACAUCUUCAUCUAUUCAUCCAUUGAUGGACUGAGGUUGUUUUUAUAUCUUCCUACAAAAAUAAUGCUUUCUUCUUUUCUGUAAAUUAUCUUGUAACUAGAAUAUAGAAAUACAUCUUUCAGGGAGAAAUUCUGUUUGCAAAGGAAGGGGUUAGUUAUGUGACAACAGGAGUGACCUACAGAAGCCAAAGUCCCACAGGGAACAGGACACGGUAAGGGCAGGCAAAGGGGAGGAAACAAGACUCCUUGUUUGGCCAGUGGAGGGAGGGAGGAGCCAAGGAGGAUCUCCCAACUCUCCAGAGAAGUCUGGGCCAGACUGAGAGCAUUCCACUCUGACCAGAGUCAUGCCAACCCAGGCUCUGCUGCUCAUCCUGCUCCUCUGUAUGCUGCUGCUGCAAGUCCAGGGAGGGUACCAUGAACUGAAGAGGAAGCCAAGUCAAAAGGCCUGUGAGAAGAAGCCCAGCAUGGACCUUUGCAGCAAUCAUUGUUCAUAUUUUCUAAAGUGUCCAGAAGCGAACGCUAUAUGCUGUCCAACCUUCUGUGGGAAUGUUUGCAUGAGUCGCUAGUGAGUGGGCAAGGGGACUGGGCUGUGCAUCCUGCUCCUCUGCUCUCUUCACACCAAGGAACAAGAACCUCAGAUCCUAGGCAGGAGGAUGUCAACAAGAAUGCACCUUCGCUGCUGUCUGAACUUGUUUCUGUCAAAUAAACCAGAACAAAUGUCCACA